AACAUAUUAUGGACAGAAAAAAGUUGGAGUAUUUUUAUAUACUUCUAAACGAAACGAUAUUAUGCAACCAGGACAAGAUUACUGGCCUCAUAUCCGCAUCCCCAACAAACCCUCACGCAUGGGUUCGCGAUAAUACUUAUGCUUCUUUAUCCAUAUGGGGUCUUUCUCUUGCUUAUCAAAAGGUUCCUGACUCAGAUGAAGAUAGAGCUCGCGUCUAUGAGCUUCAAAAGUGUGCAAUCAAACUAAUGCGGGGAAUACUCACCUGUUAUAUGCAUCAAGCGGAUAAAGUAGAACUCUUUAAAAGAACCCAGGAUCCAGGGCAUUCACUACACGCGAAAUUUGAUUCAAGGACUUGCAAGACUGUGGUUGGGGAUUAUGAAUGGGGACACUUGCAAAUGGAUGCUGUCUCAUUAUAUCUACUUACUAUGGCUCAAAUGACUGCUUCUGGCUUGCGAAUUAUUUGGACCGUGGAAGAGGUAGCUUUCGUUCAGAAUCUCGUAUUCUACAUUGAAUUAACAUACCGCAUUCCUGAUUAUGGAAUUUGGGAGCGAGGUGAUAAAACAAACCAUGGGAUGCCUGAGUUAAACACUAGUUCAGUUGGAAUGGCGAAGGCUGCCUUGGAAGCACUAAGCGAUCUAGAUUUGUUCGGUGCUAAUGGUGGAGCUCUUUCUACAAUUCAUGUCUUGCCCGAUGAAUGUCAGCAGUGUAAUACUGUUUUGAAGAGCAUGCUUCCCAGGGAAUCAAAUUCUAAAGAGGUUGAUGCUGCUCUCCUCGGAAUUAUAAGUUAUCCUGCAUUUGCUGUUGAUGAUCAAGAAUUAAUUGAAGCAACUCGUAAUGUGAUUAUUGACAAACUUCUUGGAACGUAA